CAUCAUAAUAAAAUUGACGUUUCUAAGUGUGAUACCGAAUUUCUGGUACAAUGCAGUUGAUUUCGAUUUUCAGAAUGUUUAUUUCCAUGUUCGUACUUUAAUUUAAAUGGUAGUAACGUGGAGAUUAUUUAUACAGACAAUUUAUUAAUUACAGUGAAAUGACAGUGAAUUUGUUAUCGCUAUUAUCGAUAAAAUUCAUUCAGGAUUUGUGAAGUUUUAGUGUGAUAAAUUACAAAAAUGUCCAAGAACACGCUUUUAAGAAACAGAUUCAACGAAAAAGCACCGGCUAGAAUCUUCACAGACAACAAAUAUGAAAAGUCAAAAUUCCAUCGUCCUAUGCCCUACGUCCACUUCUUAGGCCUCCUAUGUCUAAUUCUUAUAGUAUUUUCAUUAGUGAUAUUCAUCGAAAAACAACUACCAGUAGCGUUAAAAAUAGAAGACGAACACAAACACCCAGACACUUUCAUAGCGGAAAGAGCGUACAACGUGUUAAAAAAUUUAACAAAAAUCGGUCCUCGGAUUGCGGGCAGCUACGAAAACGAGGUUCUGGCAGUCGACGUGUUAAAGCAUGAAAUUGACAGUAUCAUACGGGAUGCCAACGAAAACCAUGUGAUAGAAUUAGACAUUCAGAAGGCGUCAGGUGCUUUUAACUUGGAGUUUCUCGAUGGAAUGACUAAUGUAUACCAGGACGUACAAAAUGUUGUUGUUAAGAUCGGAUCUAGGAUUAAUUCACCACAUAGUUUGCUUGUUAACUGCCAUUUUGAUUCUGUAGUCGACAGUCCAGGUGCUAGCGACGAUGGGGCAAGUUGUGCCGUUAUGCUAGAAAUAUUAAGAGUUCUCUCGAAAUCGACGAAAAUUUUGAGGCAUAACAUCAUAUUCUUAUUUAAUGGCGGAGAAGAAAAUUUCAUGCCAGCUUCGCACGGGUUUAUCACCCAACAUAAAUGGGCAAAAGAGGUGCGCGCUUUUAUAAACUUGGAAGCAUGUGGAGCUGGAGGAAGAGAAGUGUUGUUCCAGGCUGGUCCCAAUCAUCCUUGGAUCUUGGAAACUUACUCCGAAGAAGUGCCUUACCCCUAUGCUUCUUCCUUAGCGCAAGAAAUUUUCCAAAGUGGCAUAAUACCCGGAGAUACUGAUUACAGGAUCUUCAGGGAUUUUGGAAACCUCUCAGGUUUGGAUUUCGCGUGGUCAGCGAACGGAUACGUCUACCACACCAAAUUCGACUCCGUGGAAUACGUCCCCCUCGGUUCCCUCCAGAGAACCGGUGACAACAUCCUGGCCUUGGCCAAAGGCAUGGCACAGGGCCAUCAACUCUCUGACGUGAAGAAAUACCAAGCGGGGAAUCUCGUAUUCUUCGAUUUUUUAGGAGCCUUCGUUAUAAGAUGGCCUAUGCUAGUCGCUGAUAUAGUUAAUAUAUCGUCUGUGAUAUUUUCGUUAUAUUCGAUUUACGGAAACUUUAGAAGUGCUGAAGUUACCGACGGUUUAAAGAGAAAAAAAUACACCAGAAAGCUUGUAGGCUGUAUGGUAGUAGUUUUUCUUUCUUGGGUAAUAUCCGUGAUAAGUACAUUAGGAAUCGCCGCCUUAAUCAAUUGCUUAGGUCGUACCAUGAGCUGGUACGCCCGUCCUUUAUGGAUUUUCUUUUUGUACGUGAUACCCACUCUAGUCAUUUCCAUGGUAACAGUAUUAUAUCACGCCAAAGUGUACAAUAAGGACAUUGAGAUGUCGCCUUGGACGGUAUUUCAGUUAUAUUAUGACGCAUAUCAGUUACUAUGGACUCUAGUGCUAUUGCUAGGUGUAGCAGUUAGAUUGCGUUCGAGUUUUAUAGCUCUGUUAUGGGUAUUCUCAGCAGCUUUAGGAAACAUAUUGAAGUCUGCAUUGUUUACUAGAUGGAGAGGUUCAAAAUGGCUCCUCCUCCACAUCUCCGUAUUCGGCCUUCCGUUCGUGCAGUGCUUCUACCUUAUCAUCGGAGCCCUGUACCUCUUCAUACCAAUAACUGGUAGAGCCGGAUCAGGAAGCCACGCAGAAUUCGCAAUUGCUGUCCUAGUGACGUCUAUGUUCGCUAAUUUAUUCACUUUCGUAGUGCCCUUGGGGAUAUUGGUGAGAGGGAUCGAAAGGAUCUUCAGUCUGUUGACCGGACUGUUUCUGUUAUCGUUGGCUCUACUAAUACUUACACCUCUAGGAUUCCCGUACUCUGGAGAACCGGGAGCUUUAGCCCCGCAAAGGUUUAUGAUUGCGAACACUCACAGAACAUUCCACGAUGUAACAGGAAAAAUCCAGAACGAGUCCACGGGCUAUUGGAUCGCCGACAUGGACGUCAACAGUCCACAUACGGUGGACCGACACGUUCGUGAAAUGCAAAAUGCGGAGUUGGUUACCAAAGACUGUGAAAGCUAUUUGUAUUGCGGGCUACCGUACCUUGUACCUGUUCUGACGAUGAUAUGGAAAACGCAUUGGGUGCCAGGACCUCCACCGGUGCUCCUUACACCCGUCAGUAUGAAUAUUUUGAAUAGAACAAAGACUGGCGUCGGCGAAAAAGUUACUAUUAGAGUUGAUGGUCCUACACAUAUUGGAGUAAUGAUUUCUCCGGUGCCUGGUGUCGAAAUUGCCGAUUGGAGUCUACCCACGCAAGAACCUUUGGCCGGACCUCUUUGGAACGGAAGAAAAACUUACUUCAUCUAUUAUGCCUACGGUCUGGAACCUGUGCCAAUAACAGUUACAAUAGAUUUUAAGGUACCGAGUGAACACAAAGGACCUAUAAUGGACCUGGCAGUGACAUCCCACUACCUCUUCGGUCCGGGGAAAGCUACGAAAGAAUUCAAAAAGUUCAUCAACGAAUUUCCAUCAUGGACGGCUAUAAACUAUUGGACGGCCUCGUACGAAUCGUGGAUUAUUUAGGAAAUAUAUAUCAUUUAACAAUUAA